AGGGACAGCCGGGGGCCUGGUGGUGGUGGUGGGCAGUGGGCACAGUCAUCGUUCGGGACACGCCGGGAAAGGCCGGGUUCGCAGGCAAGCGAGCCACUCAGCUGCCGGCAUUAUCGAGAGCAUCCCUGGCGGCCCAGCUGGCCCAGCUCAAUUCCGUCGCCCCGAGUGGCCAGCUACAAGCAACCCCACACUGCAAGCGAGGGAGCGGAACAGCACCUCAUCCUUGAGCUUAUCAGAUCCAAACAUGGAUGGGAGGGGAUUUGCGUCGAGAAAACCAUCCGGCGAACAAUCGACCCGGCUUACAACUCCCUCCCACGCUGAAUUGACCACUUCAAGUCGCCCAGUCCGAGUUGAUCAAUGCAAGCCACGUACAACUUCAUCAUCUAGCCAGAUCUACAGCCUCGGUCCCAAGCCGUGUUUAUUGGGAUUACAACGCAGCAGCAAAAGUAGAGGAUUCAAGAGUCACGCCACUAUCAAAAAGUCCAAAUAUGGCAAAUAUCGCUUCACCUUUAUCCUCUUCAACUACAGCUGUCUCCGCACCAGGAAAAGUCCUUCUAGCCGGUGGAUAUCUUGUCUUGGAUCGCAAAUACACCGGUCUAGUGUUUGGGCUCAGUGCGCGAAUUCAUGUCAUCGUUCAGGAUAUCAAGACCAGUUCGGGUGUAGAGCUGUCGGAAAUAGUGGUUCAAAGUCCGCAGUUCCGGGACGCAGCGUGGAAUUAUGGGUAUCAUCUAGUUGAGGAUCAAGGUGGGGUGGAAGUAACGCAGUUGCCAGGCAACUCGUCUAUUCCAUUAUCACGCAACCCUUUCGUCGAGACAGCGCUAGCUUACGCCCUGACAUAUAUCUCGACGCUCCUCUCAACCACCAUCAAGCCCACCAAGAUUACCAUCCUUGCUGACGACGAUUACUACUCCAACACCUCCACCACCACCCUUUCCUCUUCUACCGCCACCCACAAGUUCACCGACUUCAACGUCCGCCUCCAAGACGCCCACAAAACCGGCCUCGGCUCCUCUGCUGCCCUCGUCACAGCCUUCACAGGCGCCAUCCUCUCCCACUACCUCCCCUCCUCCAUCUUCACGCUCUCCUCCCCAGAAGGCCGCUCCAAACUGCACAACCUCGCACAAGCAGCCCACUGUGCUGCCCAAGGCAAAGUAGGCUCCGGCUUCGACGUCGCAGCGGCCGUCUACGGAACAUGCGUCUACAGGCGCUUUUCACCCUCCAUCCUCUCCAGUCUCGGCGAACCCAGUUCAAAAGGCUUCGCUACACGUGUGAAGAGCAUCGUUGAGGACACCGCUGAGCAGAAAUGGGAUACCGAGAUCUCGAAAGGGGGAGUUACGAUUCCUGAGGGCAUGGCGCUGGUGAUGUGCGAUGUGGACUGUGGAUCUCAGACUGUAAGCAUGGUAAAGAAAGUGCUUGAAUGGCGUAAGAAUGAGGCGGAAGAUGCAAAUAAGCUCUGGGACGACUUACAAGGCUGCAAUGAUCUCUUGGCAGAAAGAUUGACGAAGGGAUGCACUCUUGAGCUUUCCGAGGCAUUCGUGGCGAUUAGAGCUAUGAUCAAGGAUAUGAGUAUGGCUUCUGGGGUGCCGAUCGAGCCUGAAGAGCAAACCGAGCUGUUGAAUGCAGUCACGAGGGGUGUGAAGGGUGUUCUCGGAGGUGUGGUUCCUGGUGCAGGUGGUUAUGAUGCCAUUGUGCUGUUGGUGCAAGACGAUGAGCAGACGAAGACAGAGUUGGAAACAUUCCUGAAGAAGUGGAGUGAUGAGAAGAAAGGCAAUGUGAAGUUAUUGACUGCCAAGGGCGAGUUAGAGGGUGCGAGAGUGGAAGAUGCUGCUGCAUAUGGUGACCUCAAAUGAGCGUUUUCGAUGGUUAUUGGUUUUCAUGAUAGCUUUAGCGAAAAUAGGCCAAAUUUCACAGAACAUCGGCUGUCUUGAGCAAGGAGUCAAACGUUACCUCGAAGCUAGAUUUAAAUAAAAAGUCAUCCCUGAGAACAUAUGUUAACCAUUGGAGAAGAUCACCAAGGCACCGAUAUUGUAAACCGGAGGCCCAGGAUCUUGACAGUCAAUUACAAAGUUGCCCC